AUCUGUUUUUUUCCAUCAACAUUCCAAUAAACCUGACAUCAAAACAUACAAUACUUUGUUUGGUCGGCAAGAAUAUGAAAUUAAAGGUGUUUGGAAACGAAUACAAAACGCUAAAUUAAGAACAUGGAAUGUCCACAAAUUUCCAUGGGCCAAAGAAUUGCACAAACUACAGCAAUUGUACGCAAAAGAAAAUGAAAUGAAAUAGACAAGAGAAGACAAUUAAAGCAGCUUUACAAAAAGAAAUAGAAAACAACCAAGACAUUGAAUAAUAAUUGUGUGUAAAUAAUAAACUAACAACAGCAAUUUGCCAGGCCAUUAGCCAACUAAUUUAAGUGAUUUUAGAUUUGCAGGGAAAUUUGUAGAGCUAAAGCUUUUAAUGCAGUUUCUAGACAAACAAUUUCCUUAUAUAUUUUCUUUAAAUUUGCUGUUGAUUUGAAUAAUUGUUUACAAUGUUGUUGUUUAAAACCUCCUGCCAUAAACGAAAUUUAGCCAACAUUUUCUGGUUGGUUAAAACAUGUUUCAUUUUAGGCCUUUUAAUGGCCGGCUGUCAGGCAGGUGUUAUUAAAAAACGUGACACCACAGAGUCUGGCAACAUUGAUUUAAUGGCGCCAGUGCAACCCACCAUUUUAACGGCUCUCCUCAAUGCAAGUGAAGUUGUCAACACCACAAAAUUGCAAUCUGUGGCUGGCACUAAUUUUCCUACAGAAACCUCCAAGGAGCUAACAAACAAUGAAAUUUUAAUAAAUGAAGCCAAAAAACUGCUGGAGGAAGAGGAUAAAAUUAUUAAUUCAAAUAAUGAAACUGAAUUAAAAAAAGAAAAUGAGGCAGGCAAUGAUUCAGAGGAACACUUAGUGCAAACUCAAAGUGAAACGAAAUCACAAGAUAAUUUGCAAGAUAUAAAACAAAUUAUAAAGCAAUUGGAAAAUAAGGAUCACAAUUUAGGAGAAUCCUCCAAGACCUCAACCGAAUUCAGCAGUAAUGACAUAAAAAUAGAUAAAAUGCAAAAACUCAUGGAAAAACCCACAUCUGUGCAGGAUAAAGAGGAUGAAAGUGAUAAUGAUAAUGAGAAUUCAAGUUCUUUGGAGAAUAGCAUAAAACCUCGGCCGCCUAGUAGAAUUUUAACCGAACUUAGAACUGAGUCCCCAGCCACUAGAAAGCCCAAAGUGUCAGAAACUCAGCUAGAGAAUAGCAUAGAACAGCAUAGCAAGGAACAAAAUAAAAAUGAAUUAGUUGUGGAAUCUAAUGAAAAUCGGGCAUUAUUACACAACGAAACUUCUAAUGCUAUUAAGAUUGAAACUCUAGAUAAAGUAACUAUAAAAUCUUUAGAAUCAUCAACUACUUUAAAAACUCUAACUAAAAAUGAAGAGGAGGAGGAGGAUGUUUUAAAAACUCUAGCUAAAUCUUUAAAUACAAAUAAAACUGUGAAGGAGGAGGAAGAGGAAGAUGUUUUAAAGUCAAAUAGUUUAGAAACUUCUAAAAAAGAGCAGGAAAAAUCUGUGGAAUCUACUACUGAUAGAAUCGCUGCAGAAACUUCCACGUCAGUACUUAAGGUUACUGACAAUAUGGAGGUUUUGGAAAUGACUACCCUAAUGCCAGAUGAGGGAACUGAAAACCAAUCCAAACCAAAGAAUUCCUUAAACCAAGCCCAGGAAACAAAUAACAUACACGAUGGCUUAGAUAGGGAAGAACUGCUUAAAACAGAAGAAGCAACUACAUUAAAAGCAGAAUUGGAAACCACUCUGCAACCUAUGGAAAAAGAAGAAGACUUAUUAAUAUUUGAUGGAGAUAAAAAGGAAUAUACCCGUUCUAUGUUUAUGCAGGAAACUACUACUUUAAAUCCCCAAGAAGUUAAUGAGGUCCUAAUACCAGUAACCACCUUUAGACCGGUAGUUUUAAGCGUAAAAGAGGGUAUAGAGGAGACCACCCAGAACAAUCUAAAACAGCAAGUAGAGGAAGUGAAUAAAGUGAAGGAAAAGAAACCCAAAUUCAUAAAUGACAAUUCCACAAAUGCCCAACAAUUGAAUUUACCCAACAAUGCAGAUGUAUGGUCUUUGGCGGCCAUGAAAUCCCUACCCAAAGCAAAUAUCACCAUGGAAACGGCGCAGACGCACAAUCAAACCCACAAGGAAUACCAGGAAACUAUACUGCUUAAUAACACUUUAACUAUGAACAGUAAUAGUGAAAAGAAUUUGCUGGAUUGGUCACAAAUUAUGAGGGACAAAGAACUGUCCACCACUACCAGGAAUGAGCAGCAGUACAAGGAAGCAGAAAAGGAGAAACAAGAGAAUUAUUUAACGAACGAAGAACGAAAAACUGAGGAUAACGUAAAGGAUAUUUUAAAUUUAGACUCUACAACCUGGACUCCAGACUUGGCACAAACUGAGAAUCAUUUAACGAACGAGGAACAAAAAACAAAAGAUAAUAUAGAGGAAAUUUUACAUUUAGGCUCUACUACAACCUGGACUCCGGACUUGGCACAAUCUGAAAACAAACCAGAAACCAGGGAAGAAGCUGAGGCUACCAUAAAUUCUUUAAUAGAACCUCAACUAACCAGCACUACUAUGGCCACUGCAAUCUUAUCUCAAUUUAAUGAUAAUAAUAAUGAUAAUAAUACUAACAAUGAGCCAGAUAAGAAAGUUGAAACAAAUAUGAAUAAUCAUUUGGAAAACUUAAUGGAAACUCUGAACGUGGCCACUACAACUGCUGCCACAAAUGUGGACAACCACCCCUUUAACACAUCGCUGAACAUUGAACCAAAUUUAAAUGAAAUAAACUUGACUUCAAAUCAAACCCAAGCCGACUUAAAUAACGAUGUGCAAACAAUAACAACAGCUGCUGGAAAGCAAAGUGUUGAUGACGAUGAGUUUAACGCAGACAGAGCAACAACGACGACGACGACGACAGCGACUGAAGCAACAGCUGUUGCUGAUAUGACUACAGUUGAGCAAAUUUCCAGUGAGACAACAACAGUUAGUACGCCGGAGACUAGCAAACAAAACGCAUCGUUAAAUAACGUCGCCAUAAAACAACAACAAAAUAAAUCCGAAAAUAAUAAUAAUAAUAACGUAAAUUUGGAAGAAUCUAAUUCUUCGUCGUCACACAACGAAUUAGAAAACUCUGAGCACGAUAAACAAACUAAUCAAUACGAAAAUAUUGAAUUAAAUACGAAUACAACAAUUGAAACAACAACCGUUGUACCGAUUACCACAUUUAGGCCAACUAUUUUGGCAAUAACCUCUACUACCUCUAUACCAGCAACGUUUGAACAGGAAGUUGACCAAAAUGGCAACCAAUUUCAAAUAAAUUUAAAACAAAAACAAUCAAUAACAGACUUACACGACAAUAAUUCUACGAAAACAAUUGAAACGCAUUUAUCGGAAAGAGAAUUUGAAACUACUACACAUGAAACAAUAACAACAACAGCAACAGAAUUAGCAGCUAGUAAAACAGAAAAUACUCAUCUGACGUCUGCUUUGGAAAACAGUACUGAUACGUCAUCCUCUAAAGACGAGUUAAUAAAUGAAACAACUGAAAUUAGCUUAGGCUCUCAAGAGUUUAAGACAACGACACAAACAACCCCUAAACAAGUGGAUGAAACCACAAUUGGGUCACCUGUCACAACAACAGACGAAACAGGCGAGAAACUUGAGAGAAAGGAAACUGAAACCGAAACAACACCAACAACAACAACACCAGAAAGUACAGGGUCUACAACCUCGACUACGGAGGCAACGAAAACACCUGUUGUUGUUAUUGACACCACACAACGCGUAGCAGUGACUGAAAGCUUCACACCCACCACAACCGAACAAAACACAAUUUCAACUACAACUGCAACUGCAAAACAGGAAGGCGAAAUAAAGGAGGAAGAAGACAACACUUUGUCAACAAAAGAUGCGAAUAUAGAAACAACAACAAACAUGAGUACUACAACAACAAUAACAAGUGACAGCACCACAACAACUGCGCCAGUAACAGCGGCCAAAGACGAUGAGACCUAUAUAAGUUUAUUGGAUGAUACAACCACAACUCAAACUUACUCUCCCACCAUCUCAACGACAUCUUCUACAACAACACCAACAACAACUACUACAACAACAACAUCGCCACCUUCAUCAUCGUCAACAUUGCCUUCGGCUAUAACAACCAAAGUGGAAGAGAUUUACAAUGUGAUACACAGUACAACAACCGAGCUAAUACAAACAACAACACAACAAUUGCUAACGGAAACCGAAGAAGACUCAACAUCCCCCUACCCAUACGCAUCCUCUACAACAAUCACCAGCAGUAGCAGCACGGAAAUGUUACCCACUGGUUCAAGCACCACACCCUCUAGCAAAAUGAUAGAAACAGCUGAUAUUGGCAAAUCCUUGCCCACACUCACCUCCAUAAUGGGUGGCAAUAGUGGUAAUAUGUAUCCGAAAAAUUCGGAAGCCUCCGGCGAGACUGAUGUUAAUGUCAUCAUUGCCAUAACCGUAAGUGUUAUAGGUGUUAUUGCCCUAAUAUUACUAGUGGGUUUCCUGUAUUUGAUGCGUAAACGUCAAAAACAAAACUCCUAUCCGAAUCGUUGUCGUCCUGUUAGCAUGGACGAGUUUACCAUUGAUAAUGCAUCGGUGGGUGGCAGCAUGCGCAAGAGUAGUGCGUUGAGAUCAUCGAAACGUACCUAUGGUAAUUUGGCUUUCGAUGAUCCCUCAUUGCGUCACAAUGCCAUGGGUGUGCAUGAGCUGGCGAAAUUUGUUCAGGAGAAAUUACGCAUAUUUGAAGAGUUUCGCGAUGUGCCGCUAAUAACGUCGAGAUCGGAUGAAGUGCCACCGGGUUGUGAGGAUAAAAAUAGAUAUGCGAAUGUAUUGCCGCUUCCUGAAACUCGUGUCAUUUUGCAGCGUCUUAACGAUGAUGAUAAAACGGAAUAUAUCAACGCCAAUUAUGUCACAGGUCCCAAAGAUUCACCCAACUAUUACAUAGCCUGCCAGGCACCACUCGACUCAACCGUUGAAGACUUUUGGCGCAUGAUCUGGGAACAACAAUCACGAGUCAUUAUCCAGGCCACUGAUCUCAUUGAAAAUGGUGUAGAGAAAUGUGCUGAAUAUUUGCCGCCAUCGGUUACACUGGAUAAUCACUGCAGCUUCGGUGACUUCCAAAUCACUUUGCAAAAUCGUGAAGUCAAAGACAAGUAUGCCAUCUCAACAAUACUGCUGAAGAAUGUAGCUGAAAAUGUCAGCCGAGAACUCACUCACUAUUGGUAUAAAUGGCCUGAAGUGGGCGUGCCAGCUGAAGAGGCUCCCAUUAUAGCUAUGCUUUUGGAAGCCAGAUCAUCUCUAAUUAGUUAUGCCAUCGAACAGGCCAACGAAGAUAAGGAGAAAUCAUCUGGGGCCACGCUUAAAUCCGCAGAAGAGGGCACGGUGUCAAAUAAUGGUUCGACAUUGUCGCCCACCAGUAAUUCAAAUGGUAGUAGUGCUAAUGGUAGUAGUGGUGAAAUAAAUGGUAACAUAUCGAUGGUGCAUAUUAAAAAGACUGCCAGAAAUCAGGGUCCCUUAACUAUUCACUGCUCCCCAGGUACAGGACGUACAGGCACCAUAAUUGCCUGUGACAUAGCAAUAAGAAGUUUGGAAACACCCAAGCGUACCGUCGACAUACCACAAAUUGUCUAUUAUGUGCGUAGGGGCCGAGCUAGUGCGGUCUUGACCAAGGAACAAUACGAAUUUAUCUACAAAGUUGCCAACAUGUAUGCAGCUAAAAUAACAAAUCCCACUAACUAUAAUUGAAAGGGGAAAACUAUUUCCAAAUCCCUUUAAAGUGCCUUUGUUUUUAAUUGGAGAUUGAAAAUCUAAGCAAAAAAAAAGUUUAAGUAUCAAACUGAAAACACUCAUUUCAAGCAACCCAUUUUAGUCAUUAUAAUUAUUAUUAUGUAUAUUUAAAAUAAAAAUUCUAUGUUAUUAUAAUUUUUAAAAUAAGUUUGUUUUCUCAAUAAAACAAACAAAAAAAACAGUAAUUGCAGCUUUAUUACAUAAAAACAAAAUUAAUUAAUUAAUAAUUAUUUAUUUAUCUAUCUAUGUAUUUUCUUUUUGUUUUUUUAAUAAAUUGCUUUAAAAAAUGUGUUGCUUUUUUAUAAGCAGCAUUUACAAAAAUUUUGUUAUGUAUUAAAUUCCUCUUUUUUGUGAUAUUAUAAUUAUUAAAUUAAUAAAAAAAACCAACAAACAAACAAAAACUAUAAUACUGUAUAUUUACUUUAAAACGAAACUUUAUUUUCUGUACAUGUUGUAUUCUAUAUUCCAUUAUUAUUUAAGUAUUAUUAAAUAAAUAAAUAAAUGGUUCUUGUAAAUAUAAAUUUUAUAAAUAAAUAUGUUGUAUGUACAAUAAUUUAGGAAAUUUUGUUUAUAAUUUAAUUUAAAACAAAAAACAUUUAAGGCAUUCACAAUUCCCUAAAAUAUUUGUUUCCAAAAAGAAAAUAGUUAUUUUUAGUGUUCAAAACCCUAACAAUAUACUAUGAUUUUGGUAAUAAUAAAUUAGUAAAUUUAUUUUAAAUGUGAAUCUCGAAAAAUUAGCAUCAUUGUAUACUUUGUAUAAACAAACAAAUUAUAUACAUAAAUUUAAUUUGUAAUGUAUUAUAAACGAAAAAUAUUUUAAAUAAAAAUAUACUAUACUAUAUAAUGUAAUAAA